UCUGCGAUAACAACUUAAAGCUCGUAUACCUAAUGGAUUUAAUUAAAUUCUUCAUUUCUAAAACGCAGUACAUAAAAAUAAAUUUAUAUGCUAUGGGGUUGUGAAAAUUCGUGAAAAAUGGAUGUCAAUGGUAUGCCCUGGUUUUUUUGGGUAUUUGUGGCCAUUGUUUGUUCUUUUGCAAUCUUAAUCUUCCUCAAGACAAUAGUUGAAACAUGCGAAUACUGCUGCAGCGACAAACCUAAGCCUAGUGUGAACCAGACACCCAGGAGCCGUCACAUGACCAGCAGAACUUCAGACAUGGAGAGUGGUUUUAGCCCCGGCAUUGACGCGCCACCAGCCUACGAUGACGUCAUGUUCAGAAGUGGAUGUCACAGUUUGGGAGGAGGUCACGCUGAUUGUGCCACUGGAGCUGGUGUUAGUGGCGGCGUUUGUGACACUGGAGGUGGUGAUAGUGGCGGUGGUUGUGACAGUGGCGGUGGUGAUAGUGGCGGCGGUUGUGACACUGGAGGUGGUGAUAGUGGCGGUGGUUGUGACAGUGGGGGAGGCGGUGGUUGUGACAGUGGUGGAGGAGGAGGCGGUGUUGAUUAGUAUUUUUAAGGAUAUAUUUUUAUUUAGUAACUUUAUUUAUGGUAUAAAUAGUCAGUGUACAGGCACAACAUGUUUCAUUCAUCACACAGAAUGAAAUAAACUAGACAGGCCAAUUCGAAAGGACAUUUAUUACUUGUCUAAUGUCUUCGUCUCGUUCGCGCUAAUGCAUGUACGAACAAGUCCGAGCAAAAUGAACGCGCAAAUGAUAACUAACUGAUACCAGUUAGAUAUCAUUUGUGAUGACAAGUGUAAGUACGUUCGAAUAGACCUGUUGAAUUUAAAACAAAAUGAAUGACAUUAUGGAAUUACAAUGUGGUUAUUUUCGCGUUUUAAAGUAAAUAGCUACAGCUUACAAAAAAUAAUUUAACUCUAAAAGUGUGAUGAAACUGAAGAAAUAUUAAUUUGUUGUAUUAGCUUAUACAACAAAUUACAGUAUGUAUAUUAAAUGCUCUCUAUAGGAACUACUACUGCCGAAGGUUAAUAAAAUAGGUACAUAUUUUAAGCUUAAUUUUGAAAUACAUACGAAUUUAGCUGGCAUGUUUCCUUCAGUUUAUGCCAUAUUUAGCAAACUGUGUUAAAAUGUAAUUAUGUUUACGUAAUUGGAAUAUGACAUUAUUUUAAUGGCUACAUGCGUUUCCGUUUGUGAAAAUAACUAUGUUUAAUUGUAAUUCUUGUAAUUCUAUGAAUUAUUGUUAAGAGAAACAAUUAAGUAAUUCUGUUUGGAGUACUUUACACGAUAUUUUGAUUAUGAAGCUGCUAAUAUGACUUUUGUUUUUGUAAGUGAUAAAAAUAUGUCAUUAUCUCUCAUUAUAUCUCAAAUCUUAUCUUUACUUUUUCUUACACUAAAAUAUGUAUAUACGCAGGAAUAUGUGAAUCCACUACAAACAGCCUUUAUAUUCUCAAUGCCGGGAUAACGCGAGGAAAAAGAAGACUUAUUUUUCACAUUUCGUUCCAUACAUUUUGCCACAGCCAUGUUACAUGUAACGUCACAGGCCGGGUCCUUUUUGUACGGAGCGGGACGUUCAUUUGCGAUGCUCGCGCCAUAUUCUGAACUGUUUCUAGGAUACAAUAGAACCAGAUUACAGGUUUGUUAGAAAUAUUUGAAUUUUACGUGAAAUAGAAGCUAUUGGAAAUAAGUACUCGUAUUGAUAUCUUCCAAAAGAUAAUCAAUACGCGCUGGUGGCCUAGCGGUAAGAGCGUGCGACUUUCAAUCAAGAGGUCGCAGGUUCAAACCCCGGCUCGUACCAAUAUGUUUUUCGGAACUUAUAUACGAAAUAUCAAUUGACAUUUACCAGUUGCUUUUCGGUGAAGGAAAACAUCGUGAGGAAACCGGACUAAUCCCAAUAAGGCUUAGUUUCCCCUCUGGGUUGGAAGGUCAGAUGGCAGUCACUUUCGUAAAAACUAGUGCCUACGCCGAAUCUCGGGAUUAGUUGUCAAGCGGACUCCAGGCUCCCAUGAGCCGUGGCAAAUUGCCGGGAUAAUGCGAGGAAGAAGAUUGAUAUAGUCCAAAAAAAUUAUGCAUGUAAUGUAGUUUAAUCGACAAUCUAACCGGCGCGGCGCCGUCAAUAGUUCAACGCACGAUACUUAAAAUACGGGACAGUGUUUUGUCUCUUUGACUUUUGCAUUGUAUAAGCAAGUACACACGGAAAGCCACUCGAUUAUAGAUCUUAGCACAUUGACUUAAAGUCCACGAAUAUGAAUGAUAUUUAUAGACGCCAACGACGCCAUGCUCGUUGCCUUGGCAUUAACACAGAGCGAUAACAAUCGCGCUCGUUUCCAUUUUAAACCGUAUGAUCAUUAUGUAAAGAUCAUAUUUCAGUGCAUAAUGCAAUAUAUAUGACGACGAGUUAAUAGUAAACAUGGCAUUCGGGCGCGGACGCUGUUUUAUCAAAGACGCGUGGUAUUCUGUUUAUACGUUAUUUGGAGAAAUAGUUAAUAGAUUUUAGAACAACAUGCAUAAAACAGUUAAAUUUUUAGUGUUUCAAAGCUAAUGUUCAGUGUGCUGUAAGGAAAAUGGAUGAAGUGCUUGUGUUAUUUACAAUCUUUGUUGUUAUUAUUUUUGGAGGUUUCUUGUGUUUCUCUUUAUAUGGACUAUACAAAAAAUGCAACCACAAGACAAAACCUACAACAAAUACUACAGAAAGAAAGACUCAGGGUCAACGGACAACACGGUGGAACAGAAAUAUGAGCGAUGAUGAUGAUCGUUAUUUCCGAGAUGACUGGCCCAUGGCACCAGUUGUCAACGAUUAUAGUUAUGAGACCAGCUACGAUGAAGACGGGUUCAUUGGACGUCAUCAUGGAAGUCACAACUUCGAUAUACCUCACAUACCUAAUAUUCACAUUGACAGCGGACAUCAUAAUGGCAGAGGCCAUCAUAACGACAGAGAUGACAAUUGUCACGACAGCAGAAACGACCACGGAUGCUGUGACAACGAUACAGGCGGUUACGCGGGUGGUGGAUGUGACAGCGGUGGUGGUGACACCGGCGGUGGUGACACCGGCGGUUGUGACAGUGGGGGAGGAUGUGACAGUGGGGGUGGUUGUGAUAGUGGGGGAGGCUGCGAUGAUUGAAACUUUAAUUUAACUAUGUGGCAUUUAGUGUAGUAAAUGUAUACUUUUGAGUCGUUUACUUAAAAUGUGGCACGAAAAACGUUACCUAUGUGAAGAUUAAACCACGAAACAAACGGAUUAAGAAUGAAUAUUUUCCUGAUAGCUUUAUUUUUAGGGUUCCAUACCCAAAGGGUAAAAACGGGAUCCUAUUACUAAGACUCCACUGUCCGUCUUUACGUCCGUGUGUCUGUCUGUCACCGGGCUAUAUCUCAUGAACCGUGAUAGAAAGUUGAAAUUUUCACAGAUUAUAAUUAUAUUUCUGUUGCCGCUAUAACUAUAAUACUAAAAACCCUCGGUGGGCGAGUCUGACUCGCUCUUGUCCGGUUUCUUACAAUCAAGCCAAUUCGAACCUACACUGACAUCAGAAUAAUAUUUGAAUUGGCGUUUGGUGUCUAAGCUUUUGAGACGGUUAUCCCCAAACAUUUUGACACCGUUAUGGAUGGUAGAACGCCAAGAUGACCUUCUUCCAGCAAGCUCCUCCCAAUGCUCAGGGUCGAUGGCGCAAGCGCUCAGAUGCCGUUUGAGCACGUCCUUGUAGCGCAGGUGCUGACCACCGUGCUUCCGCUUACCCACUGCCAACUCACAGUAGAGGACAGCUUUAGGCAAGCGGUGAUCAUCCAUUCGAAGGACGUGCCCACACCAUCUGAGCUGCCGCUGCAUUAGUAUGGCCUCCAUGCCAUACAUUCCGGAACGACGCAGGACCUCGGAGUUGGGAACAUGGUCCUGCCACUUAAUCCUGAGUAUAGACCGCAAACACCUCAGGUGGUAAGUGUCUAGUUUCUUUAUGUCUGUUUUGUAGAGGCACCA